AUCGAAUCGGCUCUUUCCGCUGGCUGCCCAGCCCAGAAGGCCGCAGAGCGUCUGCUAGCAUGGCCGACUACAAGGGUACUGCCAGUGAGGCGGCCCGCGCCAUGCAGCUACUGAAGAAGCGGGAGAAGCUGCGGGAACAAAUUGAGCAGAUGAAAAAACGGAUCGCUGAGGAGAAUAUCAUGAAGGCAAACAUUGACAAGAAGUUCUCAAUCCAUUAUGACGCAGUAGAGGCUGAACUCAGAUCCAGCACUGUGGGUCUUGUAACCCUGAAUGACAUGAAGGCCAAGCAGGAAGAGCUGGUGAAGGAGCGGGAAAAGCAGCUGGUCAAAAAGGAACAGUCCAAAAAAUUUUACCUAAAGCUAGAGAAACUGCGAGAAAAGAAAUGCAAGAAGGAAGACAAGCAGAAGAUCUCUAGCCUGUCCUUCUCCUUGGAUGACGACGAGGAAUUUCAGAAAGAAGAGGGCGAUAAGGAUGGUGACCCGCUACAAGAAACGAUUCCUUUAAAGAAAAGAAAAUUGGGGAAGAACCCAGACGUGGACACAAGCUUUCUUCCGGACCGUGACCGAGAGGAAGAGGAAAACAGGCUCCGGGAGGAACUUCGGCAGGAAUGGGAGGCCAAGCAGGAGAAGAUCAAGAGUGAAGAAAUUGAAAUCACGUUUAGUUACUGGGAUGGCUCUGGGCACCGGAGAACCGUGAUGAUGAAGAAGGGGAAUUCGAUACACCAAUUCCUGCAGAAAGCUCUGGUGAUCCUGCGGAAAGACUUUAGUGAACUGAGGUCAGUAGGAGUGGAGCAGCUCAUGUACAUCAAGGAGGAUCUGAUCCUUCCUCACCAUCGCAGCUUCUAUGACUUCAUUGUCACCAAAGCCAGAGGAAAGAGUGCUGCUGGUCCCCUAUCAGGCCCACUCUUUAACUUUGAUAUGCAUGAUGACGUCCGGCUGCUCAAUGAUGGGACAGUGGAGAAGGAUGAGUCACAUGCAGGAAAGGUGGUGCUGAGAAGCUGGUAUGAUAAGAACAGACAUAUUUUCCCAGCCAGCCGCUGGGAGCCCUAUGACCCAGAGAAGAAAUGGAACAAGUACACGAUCGUUUGAGCACCUGUAAAAGAUAGUGCGUAAUCUCUGUCACCUCAUCUCCAUCCUCAUCCACUCACCCUCCUUUGUUAAGCCUGACACGGAAUGUUCACAGCUGUCUCUACACAGCUUUCCUUGCCCUCUGCUCUUCCUGUCCCUCCUUUCCCUUUCAUAGAACUUCCCCCUUCCCACCGGUUUGGUUUCUUUUCCCCCCCCACUGGUUUUCUAAUGUCUCCAGGUCCUUUAGGUCCAUCUGGGAAGCAGAUCCUGGAACUGGCGCAGAUUAGGGAAGCUGUGACAGAGUUGAUUCCUGAAUUUCUACUCUCUAAGUCUGUUACUUACUGUUUGUUACUAGUACGUUUCUUAUUUCAGAGUAAAUAAACUUUUGUGUGAGAACUGGAA